AUGAGGGCGGAAAUAAACAAAACCACUACUGCAGCUGCAUCCGAUGUGAGCCCACACAACAACAACAGUGUGAUUCAGAAAGGAUACAGCUUCAUCGAAUAUAUAUUACCUGAGAGUGAGUGCUCAUGGCCCAUUAAGAGCCCACAAAGAUGCAAAAGAGGAUGAUGUUGGUGAAGAGGGUGUGGUGGAUAAUGUCUUUUAAGAGGGUUUAGAAGUUUGAGCAACACUACUCAUUAUACCGAGAAGAAAAAAAUGUAAUCCUAGAAAUUUUGAUUUCAAAUAAUUAAGUCUGGUUUCCAACCAUGUUUCUUCACCCACAGAUCUGCCCUUCAGAUAAUCCAAUACACUAAGCCUUUUCCAAUAGAUAUUCACCUUCCUUAAAGGUCCAGAUCUUUGUUCCUUCACCAGUUUGUUCCUAGAUGCUGUGCGCCUUGUCAUUGUCUUGCUAUGUGUUUUUCCUUUAGAUCCACUCAAACCUGAGCCUGCCUCCCUUUAACGUUUUACAGGUUAGUCUGUGUUUGGGUCCAGUUUUUCCAUCCAGGUCACAGAGUCACGGCUUGGUUAUUCCCUUUGACGUGCUGCUGUUGUUUGUUUGUGUUUUUGUGUGAUAUUUACCUCCUCAAUUUUUGAAAAUGGCGUAUUUUAUUCCAUUACAAAGCAAUAAUGGAUAACGAUUUCAUGUUCAAUGACAAACUACUACAAACUACUGAUAAAGGCACACAAAUGUAUUUUAUUCACACUUUUGAAGUUAGACAGAAAAAAGUGUUUGUAUGUAGCAACAUAAGCCAAGACUGCUUUGUCCACUGGGGGCAUCAAAAUCAACACAAACCAAGAGUUCCUUACUGGAGCUUUAAUUAUGCCAUGGGGAAAAAAAUGGGAUUGGGUCUCUGUUAGUCAUGUGCAAGAACCAUUAAGACUCACAGUCUACACCAGCUCUCUUUCAAAAGCGCCCAGAUAAAGAACAUUAGCUCUACAUAAACAGAGAGAAUACUGUUACUUAUACCAGUAAGGCUAAAGUUGUUUUAUUUUGUACCAGGCUAAAAACAUGUUUAAUUUUGGCUUCAUCUCUUAAGCCUGCUUUUAGCUAAAUGUAUUCCCUGGUUUCCAUGUGCUAAGCUAACUUGCUGCUAGCUCUACUCACAUUUAGCACACUCUGAUGAAAGUAGCCACACUUUUUUCAUAAACUUUCAGCAAGAAAGCCAACACAUUUCCCCAUAAGUUUCUUGUUCCUUUUAAGCGAAUGUGCCCUAACCUCCAGAGACGUGGAGUUUAGCCCGUAGAGCCUUGCUGGCUCUCAGGCUUAGCCCUCCAUUUAUAACAAAACACUGCUGCUUCUCUCUUCCCCUAAUGAGGGCUGGAGGGAUAUAUUGGCCCUUUAGCUGUUUUCAUUUCUCUCUCUGUUUUUCUUACUCUCUCUCUCUCUCUCUUUCUCUCUCUCUUUUGCCUCCUACACUGCAGUCAGGCAAGCAGUGUUAAAUAUCUCAUCAUAUUUUAUCCUCCAGCCUGCCAUCAAUUUCAAGCUGUUCUCCUCUCAUUUACAUCAGUGCAUCACCAUCCAUGCUAUCAGGAUACACAUCAGCUGCCAAACGUGCAUUUAUACUCAUCUCACUUGGUGCAAUGAAAGAGGAUGAACAGUUUCCACCCUCAGUGGUAACACGCUGCGUCCUCCAAGCACAUUUAUGCAAAAUUCGAUUCAAUUUCAUGAACCAUAAAACUGUAAUAACAGCAGAAUCAAUUAUACUGCUUUUUUACCCUCUGUUUCGCUCUUGUCAGGCCUAAUGGUGUCGUGUUACAACUCCAUCCCAGCAGCCUGCUUCAUGUUUUCAUCCUGACAUGAAGCUGCUGAUUGUCUCCCAGAAGAGGCCAGAUGAACACAGGUGCUCCCUCACACACACCAGAGAUGGAGCGGAAUCAGGAGUGAGAUGAGUGGGAGCAAAGCACUGCACUGCUCUCUAUAGGAUUGUUUACGACAGUGCAGUCCUCCAUUAAUGCAUUCAGUUUUCCACGCUCUUUAAAUGCAAAUUUAUAGUCCUAAAAGUGUCUGAACCACAUUUCGACAAUCAAUCUCAAUAUCAACAGAAAUAGUUAAGAAACGCUGUUUUUUAGACAAGGUUGUAAAUCCAGAAGAAAGACCUUUUUUUAAUGUAUUUAUUACCUUUUGGAUCAUUUUGUGUCCGUAUCUUCCAGCCCACUGAAAAAAAACUCAUCACAAGAGCUUUCACACUUAGAUUUCAAUCAGAAGAAUAUCAGUGCUACCCUCAGACUCUUUUCAAUGUGACACUGAAAGGCUGAGAAAUGUUGUUUCUAUCACCAAUGCUGACUUUCCCAGGUUUUCCUCUAACUCUUAAGUUUCUGUUCGGUGCACCUGUGCUGUCAGGGUGACCUUUGCUGUUGGCUGAAAUGCUGGCUAACUUUGUGUCUCUGUUGCUGCAUGUCCUUGGUCAGCACCCCUGCAGUUUGUGAAAAAUUCAACUGUGAGAUCAUAACGACAGAUGACUUAACACACACCAUGGAUUAUUACACUACCUUGCCUGAUCAAAAAUAUAUAGAAACCUGGUUCAAGCUUAUGUGGCAAAAGAGGGAAUCCACACAUAGUCUGCAGUGUGAUGUGAUUAAAGCUCCUGUGAGGAACUAUCUGUUUGUGUCAACUUUAGAGCGCCCUGUGGAAAAACAAGUCUUUGCUUAUCUCGUCCUCUGCAUGCUUCACUCCUUUUCGCCUUUGAUAAUAUAUUUCACCAAUCUGUGCUUAUACAAUAAUAUGAUGGGUGGCGCUGUAACUUACUUUGUGUAGCAUUAUAGCAUUAACAAGCAAAGAAGCUCUGCCUAAAGAGAGAGGAGCCAGGUAUAGGUGAAGGUAUUGAUGAGAAGAACAGUUCUUUCGACUGCACUGAAUCUUUAGAAUCCGUUCAUUAAAACGAUUCGUUCAAAAGAUUCGCUCACCAAAUCAGUCAGUGUUUUGGAGCCCCAUCCUGCUGGUGCAGUACAUGAGUUAGUGACACAGCCGUUUUUGUGACAGAAAGUGAUAAAGUAACAAAAAAACGCCCUUUUCUCUGAGAGUAAAUGUCUGUAUGAUAUUUAAUGAUUUUAAAGCUGUUUUAUCAUCAGUAGCUUUUGUUUGUAUCAGCCUCCAGCAGAUUUCAUCUAACUCCGUUUUUGUUGAAACUGAAACAUUUUUCUUUUAGAACAAACAAAAGUAACAUAAAAAUAGUCUCUUGUCUAUGCUUUUAAUUCUAGGCAGAAACACUCUGUACAGAGCAUUUUAAUGCUGAGUUUUCUUCCAACAAAGGCGGAUGUGCAGCACAGUUGACUCUCUUGACAGAGCUCACAGUAUUCAGUUCUUUUCUGUUCAUCUGGCACCAUGACUCAUGAAUUGAUUAAUGGCAUGUUUUUAAGUGCUAACUUCUUUCAAAGACUUGUUUAAACUUUUCAUUUCAUGUAAAAACAUGUUUAAUUAUUUUACUAUUUAAUCAAUUAUUUCAUGGACCUGUACUGCAGUGCUUCAUGAAUUUAUUUUAUCUGUCAAACUCACCCAUCAAAGUCAGUGGGCGGAUUCUAACACCUGAUUGGUUACCUGGCAUAUCAAGUCAAGACAGAUCAACUCCAGCUAAUGGAUUGAUGCAGCCAUUCUAUGGUCAAUACCUUGGUUGUAGAGUGUGGGGAUAACUCCAAAAUUUUCACUUAAUUCCUCUGCUUUACACACUGCAUGCUUUAGGUCAGUGUUUCUCAAACUUUUCAAACUCACAGCAACUUUCAAAAGUGCAUAUUUAAUUUCCAUUUUUAUUAAUUAAUGGCAUACAUAAGUAUGUAUUUGAAGAUGUAUUUAUUUAUUUCAUUCUGUCUCUUUUUGUCCUUCAUACAUUACUGAGCUGACAAGCAAUGUGUAUCGCCACCCUUAUCCAGGUAAACGAACUCAGACAGACCUUCUUCGUCCUCAGGGACCAGGAGGAGCUCAGGAGACCAUGUAAGACAAAAGUGAGAUAAGACAAAGAUUGGUUAGUAAGAAAGUCAUAAAACUAUUGAUCAAAAAAUUAUAUUAAACAGAUUCAGAAGCUUAUACUUACUUUCUUCGGCCUCAGGAACCAGGAGGAGCUCAGGAGACCAUGUAAGACAAAGGUGAGAUAAGACAAAGAUUGGUUAGCAAGAAAGUCAUAAAACUAUUAUUCAAUAAAUUAUAUUAAAAUUAGGAGAUAUUUGAUCUGAUGAAAAAGCUCAUACUUACUUUUUUUGGUGUGUGUUGGGGCACACAUCCGCUCAGGUGGGAUAGAGAAAAAGCGAUAUUUAAGUGUUAGUGAGACUGGCAAAGACACUUUGAAUUACAAUGACAACAAUAGGACAUAAAUAAUUGACUCUUUUCUUGACAGCAGUAAAAUAAAUUUAACAAAGAUGGGCAGUAGGAAAUUAGGAUAUUAUCAUUGACAACACUUACUAAUGUCAAAUGUGAGAUUCUAAAGUCACUGGUUUGGGGCUGUUCUUUAAAAUUCAUAAAAUUAGCCAUUUAACUAGUCAAACCUUAACAUAAAUAAUUUAAUCAAUAAUAUGAGAUAGAUUUAGAAGCUUAUACUUACUUUUUUCGGCCUCAGUGGCCUAAAACAAAAAAAAAAAAAUGGUUAGUAAGACAGUCUUUCACCCAUUAUUCAAUGAAUAAUAUGAAUAUGAAGAGAGAUUUGAUCUGAUUCAAAAGUUUAGACUUACCUUUCAUGUUGCAUAGAUGGGCGGAGGUAACCAGCCCUCCCUCUGGUCACUGGCCUCUGACUGCCUGCCCCUUCUCCAAGCAAAGAAGUCAGAAACGCAAGCAGGAGGAGAAAGCUCAGAGGAAAAAAAAGGAAGGGGGAGCAGGGGAAGAAGGAGGAGCGAGACGAGGGGAAGAAGGAGGAGAGGAAUCCGGGGUAGAAGGAGGAGAGGAGUCGGGGGUAGAAGGAAGAGAGGAAUCAGGGGUAGAAGGAGGAGAGGAAUCAGGGGUAGAAGGAGGAGAGGAAUCAGGGGUAGAAGGAGGAGAGGAAUCCGUGGUAGAAGGAGGAGAGGAAUCCGGGGUAGAAGGAGGAGAGGAGUCAGAAAAGGAGAGCCAAAGAAGUCAGAUGUAG